AUGUCACACGUCCACGUGGAGGGCCUCCAGGGGCCUCUCCCACUAACUCUUGUCUUCUUUCCGCCGCCGCGCUGCCACUGGAGUGACAUGUUCACGGGGAGGCUGCGGACUGAGAUCCCACCCGCCCUGAUCUCACUAGGGGAAGGACUCAUCACAGCUGGGGCCCAGCUGGUGGAGCUGGACUUAAGUGACAAUGCGUUUGGGCCCGACGGUGUGCAAGGCUUCGAGGCCCUGCUCAAGAGCUCAGCCUGCUUCACCCUGCAUGAACUCAAGCUCAACAACUGUGGUAUGGGCAUCGGUGGCGGCAAGAUCCUGGCUGCAGCUCUGACUGAGUGUCACCGGAAAUCCAGUGCCCAAGGCAAGCCUCUGGCCCUGAAGGUCUUCGUGGCUGGCAGAAACCGUCUGGAGAACGAUGGCGCCACUGCCUUGGCAGAAGCUUUUAGGGUCAUCGGGACCCUGGAGGAAGUUCACAUGCCACAGAAUGGGAUCAACCACCCAGGUGUCACUGCCCUGGCCCAGGCUUUCGCUGUCAACCCCCUGCUGCGGGUCAUCAACCUGAACGACAACACCUUCACCGAGAAGGGCGCCGUGGCCAUGGCCGAGACCUUGAAGACCUUGCGGCAGGUGGAGGUGAUCAAUUUUGGGGACUGCCUGGUGCGCUCCAAGGGUGCCGUUGCCAUUGCAGAUGCCAUCCGUGGCGGCCUGCCCAAGCUAAAGGAGCUGAACUUGUCAUUCUGUGAAAUCAAGAGGGACGCUGCCCUGGCUGUUGCCGAGGCCAUGGCAGACAAAACUGAGCUGGAGAAGCUGGACCUGAACGGCAACACCCUGGGAGAAGAAGGCUGUGAACAGCUUCAGGAGGUGCUGGAGGGCUUCAACAUGGCCAAGGUGCUGGCGUCCCUCAGUGAUGACGAGGACGAGGAGGAGGAGGAGGAAGGAGAAGAGGAAGAAGAGGAAGCCGAAGAAGAGGAGGAGGAGGAAGAGGAGGAUGAGGAAGAAGAAGAGGAGGAGGAAGAGGAGGAGCCUCAGCAGGGAGGGCAGGGAGAGAAGUCAGCCACGCCCUCACAGAAGAUUCUGGACCCUAACACUGGGGAGCCAGCUCCCGUGCUGUCCUCCCCACCUCCUGCAGACGUCUCCACCUUCCUGGCUUUUCCCUCUCCAGAGAAACUGCUGCGCCUGGGGCCCAAGAGCUCCAUGCUGAUAGCCCAGCAGACUGACACGUCUGACCCCGAGAAGGUGGUCUCUGCCUUCCUAAAGGUGUCAUCUGUGUUCAAGGACGAAGCUGCUGUGAGGACGGCAGUGCAGGAUGCAGUAGAUGCCCUGAUGAAGAAGGCUUUCAGCUCCUCGUCCUUCAACUCCAGCGCCUUCCUCACCAGGCUCCUUGCACACAUGGGUCUACUCAAGAGUGAAGAUAAGGUCAAGGCCAUUGCCAACCUGUACGGCCCCCUGAUGGCACUGAACCACAUGGUGCAGCAGGACUAUUUCCCCAAGGCCCUUGCCCCCCUGCUGCUGGCAUUCAUCACCAAGCCCAACAGCGCCUUGGAAUCCUGCUCCUUUGCCCGCCACAGUCUGCUGCAGACACUGUACAAGGUCUAGAUUCAAAGCCUCUCCCAUCCCUUGGCCUGGACCAGUAAGCUGGGGAGGGACUCGGAGGAACUGAGGCACAACCCACACCGUUGCCUUGGACAGGACUCUGGCCAGAAGCAGGGCGGGUCUGUGUCCCGUGUGUCCUGUCAGUCCCCUGAGUAUGUGUGUAGGUGUGGUGCGCAUGCAGGUCUGUGCCUCCUGUCGGGAUUUGGGUUUGAACGCCUCUCUGCUGGCCUGGCUCUGCUCUGUUGUGGGGAGUUGGCACCCAGGGUAAAGGGCUGUGAGCUGCUCCGCCAUUAAAACUCACCUUCACCUGACGGCGCUCUGCUGAUCUCCGCCUGGGCCCUGAUGGCUGUCCCCACCCACCUGCCUUCCAGCCCGGCUCCCUGGCGGAGCCAGAGCCCGAGGAGUUGUCCGCGUGCUGUCCUUCCCCUCUGUGUUGUGACUGGGCUGUUUCCUGCCCUGCCAGGGGCUGCUUCUUGUCACCAAGCCCUGGUCCUGCAGCAGCUGUCCUCCCCACCAUCCAUGCCACUGUGCUGAGCGCUCAGCCUGAAGAGCAGAGAAUGCCAUGGGUGGGACUGUGGGGGUGGCAUCGUGGGGCUGUUGGCACAGGGCAACCCUGGGCCCUAUGCCGUGUGGACAGGCAGACACCAGAUUGUCCAGGAGCAGGAGCUGCUGGAACUGCGCUGGCCCCGGACCUAGUGGACCCUCUCCUGGCUGCUGAGAUGUUGUCUGUGACUGGCCCGGGGGCCAAGCUGGAGGGGGUGUGUUGACAACCCAAAGCUGUUGUCCAGUCUGGGGAGGGAGGGGCAGGGUCCCCAAUGUCCGAGCCGUAUCUGGACGCUGCUCUUAAAGAACCUCCUGGGGCAGGGGAGCAGUGGGGUCUGGACUGGGCAGAUGCUGUACAAUCUCCCUACGCGCCCGUGACUGCCCCAUGCUUUCCCCUUUGUGUUCUGUGUGUGUCUGGGCUGUGCCCGGGGGCUUCACAAAUAAAGUCAUGUGUACAGCUUCAGA